CAAAUCUUUCAAAACUACCACGAAUGCCGAUUCGUGUUAUUGCGACGUUUUUACGAAUUUUCUCUGAAAGUUGUGUUAAUUUUGAGAUAAACAAUCUAAUUUAAUCGAAUCAACAAUGGAGUCAGAAGUAGUGAAGGAAAAAAUACACACAGAGCCUAUGCUGAACGACCCAAAAUACAUAACCUUACUUAGCUUGAUUGUGCUUAUUUUUACACUUGUAUUCUGGUGGUUAUUCUCCCGCCGCCGCCACCAGAGGCGCUCGGUGCUGCUCACAGGGCUCUCGGACUCGGGCAAGACCCUGCUUUUUGUCAGGCUGGCCUACUCGCAGUACCGUCAGACUUUUACAUCUAUGAAGGAGAAUGUGGAAGACUAUGCUGUUGGUAGCAAAACCCUAAAGCUGGUCGACUUACCUGGGCAAGAGAGGCUGCGGAACAAGUUCUUCGACCAGUACAAGAGCAGCGCCAAAGGCAUCGUCUAUGUUGUUGACUCGGAGACAGUGCAGAAGGAAAUCAGAGAUGUUGCGGAGUAUUUGUACACCAUCCUCUCCGACCCCACAGUGCAGAGCAACUCGCCCCCGGUACUCAUUUUAUGCAACAAACAGGACUUGCCUCUGGCCAAAGGCAGUCAGGUUAUAAAGGGCCUGUUGGAGAAGGAACUCAACCUAGUCCGGGUGACCAAAUCCAGCCAGCUCCAGUCUGUAGACCCGUCCGCGCCCAACAGCGCGUACCUCGGCAAGCCGGGGAAACCGUUCGAGUUCACACAACUCGGCAGCAAAAUCGAGGUGGUGGAGGGUUCAGCCAACGCAGACGACGACGAUGCGCCCACGCAGAUGAGCGCGCUGCAAGAAUGGAUCUCCAAACUUUAGGUUACUACCUAUUUGUAUACGGACUAUGUA